ACUACUCAGUAUAAAACUAAAGGCGCGAAUCAUAUCAUUUGAAUCGCAUCUUCUAUAGCAUGAGAAACUCUGCACUUCACCUAAGACAUUAUCACAAGUCCAUCAGUUCCAAGCAGCAAUUCCUCAACUUCUCGUCAUUACCAUCCCCUGUUCUCGAAUCACAAAACCCAUGUCUUCGAAUCCAAACCCUCCAAACCCACAGGCUUGCAUUAGUCCAUCUCUUGCAACUAGGCGUUUCAGACAAACCCAUUUUGUUCUUCAAGAGAAUCCAUGCUCAGAUUCUCGCAUCGGGCUUUCAAGAAGAUGUUUUCCUUGCCAAUCUUCUACUGGACUCGUACAAGAAAUCUGGGUCUAUUGUUUAUGCACGGAAGCUGUUUGAUAGAAUGCCUGAGAGGAACUCCGUUACUUGGUCUUCGAUGGUUUCUAUGUAUACCAAGCAUGGGAAGAGCGAAGAAGCGCUGAAGGUGUUUUCGGAGUUCCAUAGGAGUUCUGAUGGGAGGCCGAAUGAGUAUACCUUGCCUAGUGUUAUUCGGGCUUGUACGCAAUUUGGAGGGGUUGAUCAAGGUGCCCAAGUGCAUUGUUUUGUUGUUAAGACUGGUUUUGAUCUGGAAGUCUUUGUGGGUACUUCAUUGAUUGAUUUUUAUGGAAAAAUGGGGGAUAUAGAAGAGGCGAGAUUGAUUUUUGAUGGUUUAAAAGUUAAAAGUGCGGUUACUUGGACUAUAGUUAUAGCAGGGUAUGCGAAAAGUGGAAGAAGUGAAGCUGCUUUGAAGUUGUUUUAUCAUAUGAAAGACACUGGUGUUCUUCCUGAUAAAUAUGUGCUCUCUGCUCUUCUGACCGCAUGUUCUGGCAUCAAGUUCAUUGGAGGCGGCAAGCAAAUUCAUGCUCAUGUGCUGAGAAGGGGAACAGAAAUGGAUGUUUCGGUGGUUAAUGUACUAAUAGAUUUCUACACAAAGUGCGGUCAAGUCCAGGCAGGACAUAAACUAUUUGAUAAGAUGGUAGAUAAGGACCUUAUUUCAUGGACCACAAUGAUAGCAGGGUACAUGCAAAACUCGAUGCACAUGGAGGCUGUUAAGCUAUUUUCUGAAAUGACCAGAUUGGGUUGGAAGCCAGACGGAUAUGGGUGUAGUAGCAUUCUUACUUCAUGUGGUUCACUUGAGGCUCUGAAACAUGGGAGAGAAGUGCACGCUUAUACUAUCAGGGUUGAUCUUGUCUAUGAAUAUUAUGUGAAGAAUAGUUUGAUUGAUAUGUAUGCAAAAUGUGAUUCCCUGACUGAUGCAAGAAGAGUUUUUGAUUCCAUGACUGAUCAUAAUGUGGUCUCUUACAAUGCAAUGAUUGAAGGAUACUCAAGGCAGGAUAAGGUGGCUGAAGCUCUAGAUCUUUUCAAUCUUAUGAGGCUUAAAAUGGUCCAGCCUAGUAUCUUGACAUUUGUCAGUCUUCUUGGUGUCUCAGCUGCUUUAUUGACCUUGGAAUUAAGCAAGCAAAUCCAUGGGCUGACCACCAAGUACGGGUUAUCUUUGGAUAUUUUUGCUGGCAGUGCUCUCAUUGAUGUUUAUUCCAAGUGUUCAUGUAUUCGCGAAGCUAAACUUGUAUUCGAGGAGAUGAAUGAAAAAGACAUAGUAGUGUGGAAUUCAAUGUUCUGCGGAUACGCCCAACAGCUGGAAAGUGAAGAGGCUCUUAAGUUGUACUCAGAACUACAAUUAUCAAGACAAAAUCCUAAUGAGUUUACUUUUGCUUCCCUAAUCUCAGCAGCCAGCAACCUAGCAAGUAUCCAACAUGGUCAACAGUUCCAUAGCCAGAUCUUUAAAAUUGGUCUUGAGAAUGAUCCUUUUGUCACAAAUGCCCUUGUGGAUAUGUAUUCCAAGUGUGGAAGCAUUAAAGAGGCUCGCAAAAUAUUUGAUUCCAAAACUUUGAAAGAUGUUGCCUGUUGGAAUUCCAUUAUCUCAACGUAUGCUCAUCAUGGAGAAGCAGAAAAAGCUCUUCUGAUGUUUGAAAAAAUGAUGAAUGAGGGGAUAAAACCCAACUAUAUCACCUUUGUGGGGGUGCUAUCAGCUUGUAGCCAUGCAGGCCUUGUGGAAGAUGGACUUGGUCACUUUGAAUCAAUGCCUUGGUUUGGAAUCGAACCAGGGAUAGAACAUUAUUCUUGCAUUGUUUCUCUAUUGGGCCGCGCCGGUAAAUUAUCUGAAGCUAAGGAAUUUAUUGAGAAAAUGCCAAUGAAACCACCAGCAAUUAUAUGGAGGAGUUUACUCAGUUCAUGUACAGCUGCAGGUAAUGUUGAAUUGGGGAUCUACGCAGCAGAGAUGGCAAUUUUGAGUGAUCCAAUGGAUAGUGGAUCGUAUAUCUUACUUUCAAAUAUGUAUGCAUCCGAAGGUAUGUGGGAUGAUGUCAAGAGGGUGAGGAAAAAAAUGGACUAUAAUGGUGUAGUGAAAGAAACCGGACGUAGUUGGUUCUAAGUGAAUAAUGAAGAAUGAAGCUCAGUACUCAAGGUGAGGAGAAUUGUUUUGAAGGAGGGAAAGAGUGGUUGACAAAGCCGAUUUGCUGCAAAACAGAUAUUUGUCAUUGCGAAACUGGUCUAAUUUUUCUCUAUCAAUCAAUCUGAUUCUGCAGAUCCAAGGGCUUUUUAUGUGCGUGACAUUACAACACAUACAUGAUUGAGCAAUCAUGCUAAGUGAAGCUGCAACAUCAUGAGCUCCUGAACAACUAUGAAUUGAGAAUUUACAGCAAAAGUUUUAAUUCAGUGCAAUGAUAAUGGAGGAAGAUUCUUUGUUGGGUUUAAAACAUGAGUCGCAUUCAAGAAGCUGGUGAAGACAUCAAUGGAGUGGACAGCUGAUCUGAAGAAAUUUGGAGAUGACAUGGUAGUCUAAAAUGAAAAGAUUGAUUCCAAUCGUGUAUAUGCAUGAAAGUUGUGAAUGCAAGUUGAUGUUUUUUUUUUUUUUUUUUCCUUUGCUUUAGAGAACCCUGUACGAUGGGAAAAACAUUGGAAAGA